AUGGGAACAAUUCAUCUGCUGCUGGGUAAACUUGAGACCGCCAGUCCAAUCUCGAGCAUUGUUGUCGCUCAUUCCGCUUCAAGGAUAUAUCACUAUGCAUAUUUCAAUGUAUAUUUAGUGUGGGGUAUCAUCCGCAACAACUCCUCGUUCAUUCUCAAGGGGAACAAGCAGACCUACAGCCGGGAGCCCAACAAUCUCAAGUCCCGCAACUCCUUCCGCUACAAUGGUCUGAUCCAUAAGCGCACAGUUGGUGUUGAGAAUGCAAAGGACAACAAGGGCAUUGUAUUGAUCACGAGGAAACCUAGAAGUAUAACCUUUGACCAACCUGCCCAAAUUGACCUAAACCGCGUAGAACUAAAGAAGGGUGGCAGAAAGAGUCUGAGCACCAUCCGUAACACAAUUCGCAAGGGUCGCUACAGGAAAGACUUGAAAAUGGCUGCUCUCCGUCGUGCCAGCGCCCUGUUGAAGAGCCAGAAGCCAGUGGCCGUGAGGAAGACCAUGCGCAAGAAGAAAGAAUAGGGCCACUUGUUGGGGACUUUGUUGAAAAUAAAGAGAAAAAAAUAUUG